AUGUCUCCUUCAACUCUGGAUUCAGCUGAGGUACAAUGGCAAGCUCAACUUGCUGCUAUGAAAAAUGCCUUGGCGGAGUUGAAUUUGCCCCCGAAAUCGACAAACGGUGAAACUAAAUCAUAUGAUAUCGACGUCGAUUUUGAUGAUGAUGAAGAAUUUACCUCUGGGAAUAGUGGGGAUGAUGUUUGGGACUUCAUUAGUGAUGGAGAUGACGAUUUAUCCAGCAGCGAUAUCAACGAUGACUUUCCUAGUCUCUCGGAGUCCGCUGGCGCAGGCAGCUAUGGACCUCAAUGGUUGAAGAGCAAAUGUAUGGAUAUUGCUCAGAGGAAGCAGGGACUUUCAGGGAACGACCUCCAGGAACAAAUUAUGGCAAUCUUGGCUUCUGAUAGCGGGGAAGAAGAGCUUCAGUCUACUUUGAUUGACAUGAUUGGCUUUGAUGAUAUUGACUUUGCCAUUGAAGUUAUUUCUCACAGGAAGGAUAUCAUUGCUGCCUCACGUUCUGUUGGGACAAGAGAUGACGGUAUUUUUACUGGAAAGUUACAGACUAGAAAGGAACGAGAAGCCGCGUUAAGGCAAAGGGAUUAUGAGCAUAAGCAUGCCGCGUUAGGACCCGCCCUUAAUCGAGAUGAAGAGAGGUAUCCUCAUGUGUAUAAAACGCAUCAUGCAGGUAAUAUCCUAGACUCGAAAGGGAAGAAGUAUGCUUUGCCGAUGGGCAGUGAGAGAACAGAACACGAAAGAUAUUCAGAGUAUACUGUUCCUGCUGGGAAGGUUGGAACGCUGGGUGCGGGUCGAAGACUAGUCGAAAUUUCUGAAAUGGACGGUCUUUGCAAGAAAACUUUCAGGGGUUACAAAACUCUCAACCGAAUGCAAAGCUUGGUCUAUCCAGUGGCAUAUAAAACCAGCGAGAACAUGCUGAUUUGUGCUCCCACCGGUGCUGGUAAAACCGAUGCAGCAAUGCUCACGAUACUUCACGCUAUUGGAGAAAACGUUUCACCACAUCCAUCAGAGAACCCUGAUUUCUCCGACUUUGUGGUUAAUUUUGAAGACUUCAAGAUUGUUUAUGUUGCUCCAAUGAAAGCCUUGGCAGCCGAAAUUACACAAAAGCUAGGUAGUCGGCUAGCUUGGCUUGGUAUACAAGUUCGUGAAUUUACUGGUGAUAUGCAUCUUACUAAGAAGGAAAUUGUUCAAACGCAAAUUAUCGUCACGACUCCUGAGAAAUGGGACGUAGUCACUCGAAAAGGCACUGGCGAUACAGAGUUAGUUCAGAAAGUUCGACUUUUGAUUAUUGACGAAGUCCACAUGCUUCACGAUGACAGAGGUUCUGUCCUAGAAUCUUUGGUUGCACGUACUGAACGUCAAGUCGAGAGCACCCAAUCCCUUAUUCGAAUUGUCGGGCUUUCUGCAACCCUUCCAAACUAUAUCGAUGUAGCCGACUUUCUUAAAGUCAAUCGCCAUGCAGGUCUCUUUUACUUCGACGCUAGCUUCAGACCAGUACCUCUUGAACAGCACUUCAUUGGUGUCAAAGGAAAAGCUGGGACCCGACAAUCUCGAGAAAACAUCGACACAACUGCGUUCGAGAAGGUCCGAGAUAUGUUGGAACAAAACCAUCAAGUCAUGGUAUUCGUUCAUUCGAGGAAGGACACUUUCAAUACUGCUAAGAUGUUGUAUGAAAAGGCUAUAGAGCAAGUUUGCAUAGAUUUAUUCGAUCCUUCUAAUCACCCUCAAUAUGAAGCAGCUGUGAAGGAUAUGAAGAGCUCACGAGGUCGCGAACUUCGAGAGCUACUACCAAAAGGUAUCGGUAUCCAUCAUGCAGGUAUGGCUCGUUCCGACAGAAAUCUCAUGGAGAGGUUAUUUGGAAGUGGUGUUCUCAAAAUUCUUUGCUGUACUGCUACCUUGGCAUGGGGUGUCAAUUUGCCAGCUGCGGCAGUAGUCAUCAAGGGUACACAGGUUUACAGUGCUCAAGAUGGUAAAUUCAUUGACCUCGGGAUAUUGGACGUUCUUCAAAUCUUUGGUCGUGCAGGUAGACCACAAUUUCAAGAUACUGGUAUCGGUAUGAUUUGUACAACAGCAGAUAAGCUCGAUCAUUAUCUGCAAGCUGUGACAUCGCAAGUUCCCAUCGAAUCUCGAUUCUCGAAGCAUCUUGUUGACAAUUUAAAUGCUGAAAUUGGUUUGGGAACAGUUACAUCGAUUCCUGAAGCAGUUACAUGGCUCGGAUAUUCCUAUUUGUUCGUCCGAAUGAAGAGAGAUCCUUUGACUUAUGGUAUUGACUGGGCUGAGGCUCGCGAGGAUCCGAACUUGGUACAGCGUCGACGACAAUUAUGCAUUCAAGCAGCCAAGACCCUUCAGCAGAGCCAAAUGAUUAUCUUUAACGAAACGACUGAAGAGCUUAGAAGUAAGGAUGUCGGACGUAUUGCUAGUCAAUUUUAUGUCCUGCAUACUAGUAUUCAAAUAUUCAACACCAUGAUGCAACCUCAAUCAUCCGAAGCUGAUGUCCUCACUAUGAUAGCUAUGAGUGGAGAAUUUGAUCAGAUUCAAUCCAGAGAUAGCGAGUCAAAGGAGCUCACCAGUUUAAGAGAGGACUAUUCUCCUUGUCAAGUAAAGGGUGGAACUGACUCUUCACACGCUAAGACGAACAUUCUCUUGCAAUCUUACAUAUCUCGAGCGAAGCUUGAGGACUUUGCUCUCGCCAAUGACACAAACUAUGUUGCUCAGCAAUCUGCUAGAAUCUGUCGUGCGCUGUUCAUGAUUGCACUUAAUCGUCGUUGGGGCCACCAAUGUCUCGUGCUUCUCUCACUAUGCAAGUCUAUCGAGAAGAGAAUUUGGCCAUUCCAACAUCCUCUUCAUCAAUUCGAGCUAGCCCAGCCAAUUCUAAAACAACUUGAUGAUAAAGAAAACCUUUCAAUCGAAACUCUUAAAGAGAUGGAUGCAGCCGAAAUUGGUGCCAUGGUACAUAAUCCUGGUGCUGGAAAGACAAUCUCAAGGAUCCUUGACAAUUUUCCUACGCUGAGAGUCGAAGCCGAGAUUGUGCCUCUUAAUAGAGAUGUUUUGAGAAUUCGUCUUUACAUAACACCUGAAUUCAAAUGGAAUGACCGUCAUAAUGGUACAUCAGAAAGUUACUGGAUCUGGGUUGAGAACUCAGAAACUUCUGAAAUUUUCCAUCAUGAGUUUUUCAUUCUUAAUCGAAAGAAGUUGUAUGACGACCAUGAACUCAAUUUCACUAUUCCAUUAUCGGAUCCACUACCUACACAGAUUUAUGUGAGAGCAGUUUCUGAUAGAUGGUUGGGUGCAGAGACAGUGUAUCCGAUUUCUUUCCAACAUUUAAUCAGACCUGACACUGAGAGUGUUUAUACUGAUCUGUUAAAUCUACAACCUCUGCCCAUUACCGCUCUCAAGAACCCAGCUUUGGAAGAGAUUUAUGGCAAGCGAUUCCAGUUCUUCAAUCCUAUGCAAACUCAAAUCUUCCACACUUUGUACCACACACCAGCGAACGUACUUCUCGGAUCACCAACCGGAUCGGGUAAAACUAUUGCUUGUGAAUUAGCCAUGUGGUGGGCAUUCCGAGAAAAGCCUGGCUCUAAGGUUGUCUACAUUGCUCCCAUGAAAGCACUUGUGCGGGAACGAGUUAAGGAUUGGGGAGCUCGAUUGACUAAACAGAUGGGCUUGAAAUUGGUCGAGUUAACUGGUGACAAUACACCUGAUACACGAACUAUUCGAGAUGCGGACAUCAUAAUUACUACUCCAGAAAAGUGGGAUGGUAUCAGUCGUUCGUGGACCACUAGAGGUUAUGUAAGACAAGUCAGUCUGGUUAUCAUUGAUGAAAUCCAUUUGCUUGGUGGAGAUCGUGGUCCUAUUCUGGAGAUCAUUGUUUCUCGUAUGAAUUAUAUUGUAACUCAAACCAAUAACUCGGUCAGACUUAUGGGUAUGUCCACUGCAUGUGCCAACGCUAUGGACUUAGGGAAUUGGCUCGGUGUCAAAGAAGGGUUGUUUAAUUUCAGACAUUCCGUUCGACCAGUUCCAUUGGAGAUUUUUAUCGAUGGUUUCCCAGAGGUUCGUGGCUUUUGUCCUCUAAUGCAGUCUAUGAAUAGGCCAACUUUCCUGGCUAUCAAGACCCACAGUCCAGACAAACCAGUGAUUGUCUUUGUUGCUUCUCGGAGACAGACACGUUUAACAGCCAAAGACUUGAUUAAUUUUUGUGGUAUGGAAGACAAUCCUCGUCGAUUCGUUAAGAUGUCUGAGGAUGAUCUUCAAUUGAAUCUUGCCCGAGUCAAAGAUGAUGCUUUGAAGGAGGCUUUGAGUUUCGGCAUUGGUCUACAUCAUGCUGGUUUGAUUGAAUCUGAUCGUUCAUUGGCUGAAGAAUUAUUUGCCAACAACAAGAUUCAGAUCCUCGUUGCAACCUCCACUUUAGCAUGGGGUGUCAAUCUUCCAGCCCAUUUGGUUGUUGUAAAAGGUACUCAGUUCUUCGAUGCUAAGAUCGAAGGUUAUAAGGAUAUGGACUUGACAGAUGUUCUACAAAUGUUAGGUCGUGCUGGACGUCCCCAAUUCGAUACUUCCGGAAUUGCACGUAUUUUCACUCAAGAUUCAAAGAAAGCAUUCUACAAACAUUUCUUACAUACAGGUUUUCCAGUAGAGUCAUCUCUUCAUAACGUUCUAGACAACCAUCUUGGAGCUGAAGUAUCCGCGGAAACUAUCACCACCAAACAAGAUGCCCUUGACUAUCUCACCUGGACAUUCUUCUUCCGACGUCUUCACAAAAAUCCUUCAUAUUACGGUCUCGAAAUUUCAGCUGAAGAACAUAACACUAUCGCAGCUCAACAAAUGGCCAAUGACUAUAUGAUCUCCAUGGUCGACAAAUCUCUAGAGGAGCUUGCCGAAUCUAAAUGUCUCGAAAUCUAUCCCAACGGCAACAUCGAUUCCACUCCUCUUGGAAAAAUCAUGUCAUACUACUACCUCUCUCAUAAAACUAUCCGACACCUCGUCACUCAUGCUAAGCCCAAUGCAUCAUUCCGUGACGUACUUUCCUGGAUGUCUUCUGCAACUGAAUACGAUGAGCUACCUGUUCGCCACAACGAAGAUCUCAUUAACAUUGAACUCUCCAAGAAUCUACCUCUACCAGCAGACGCAGCUCAUUUCAAUGGUCUUCCCAUGUGGGAUCCUCACGUGAAAGCAUUCUUACUUUUGCAAGCUCAUAUGAGUAGAAUCGACUUACCCAUAUCCGAUUACGUGGGUGAUCAAACGAGUGUAUUAGAUCAAGCUAUCCGUAUUAUUCAAGCCAGCAUCGAUGUUCUCACCGAGCUAGGAUAUCUCUCAAGCGUAAUGCAAAUGAUAACUCUACUUCAAUGUAUCAAAUCCGCCCGUUGGCCAGAAGACCACGCUCUAUCCAUUUUCCCGGGUAUACCCCCCGAUUUCAAAUCUGCCACAGGAAAAGAAAAACAAAAACAAGAAAUCCCAACCACCCUCCAACAAUUCUCAACACUACCUCAAAACGCCUAUCAAGGUCUCAAGCAAGCAUUACAGAUUCCAAAUAGAAAUAUACAAUCAUUCGACAAAGCAGCAAAUAUGAUACCUAACCUCAAAAUCGAAGUUCAAAACGUCACCGCAUUAAAAAUGGACGUAGUAAUCAAAAGACUCAACGGAUUAGCAGACAAAGAAGCAAAAAUGUACGCUCCUCGAUUCCCCAAAAGCCAAAGCGAAGGCUACUUUGUCAUCCUCUGCAAAAAAGGAAGCGACGAAGUCAUCGCCAUCAAAAGAGUAGGAUGGAGCGCACCUAAAUCCAAAGACAAAGGUAAAAAUAGUCAAGAGGGAGAAUCAAAACAAAAUAGCGCGAUAAUAGGGCUAGGAGUGAAACCAAUAGCAAAAGCAACGAUUAAAUUUCCCGGGGUGGGAGAGGGUGAGGAGGGGGAAUGUGGAGGAUGCGAGGGUGUUUGA